GCCCGCCCCGCGAUUCUCGCCUGACCAAACGCGACACGGAGCUCCACACUGACCGCUGCCUCUCAAACUGAAGUCUGGACUAAAGAGAAAAGAUUUAUGGUGGACUGCAUGAUCUUGCUAUGUGGAGAUAAAUCUCAUUCAUCGCUUUUUUGAGGCAUGAUACACGUGUAUUUAACAACACAUGAGGACGUUUGUUGAUUUUACAAGAACCCCACUGGGACGACUGAUUGGAAUAAGAGAGCAGGAUUCGGAGUGAAGGAAGGGAAGAGGGAUUAGGGGCUUAUCCUGAACAUGACCAGUCCUUAAGGAGCCUCCGUCAAGCCAUAGGCUACUAUUGCCCAGAUUAUUACAUUUAAUUUAUUGCCUUUUAAAGACCUUUUAUCUCCCCCUGGAGAUUCCUGGCGAGUAAGCCGUUGGAUUUGAGUAUCUUUAAAAACAAAGGAUCAGGAGCAGAGGCCAGUGGGAGUGGAGGAGCAUGAGGAGAGUAUACAUGCAGGGAUAAAGCAACAAGCCUCCCUGCCACCUUACACUUCAGCAGGGUGCAGGUCAAAGGUUACCGAAUGAACUUGUAUUGGAAAAGCAUGUGAUCACAUUGAUUACUCAAGUUGGAUUAAGGUAUGUGGCCGGUGUAAUUUUUAGCAGUAUAUUUAAAUGAUAUAUAUUGUAGUGUUUCUCAUAGGUCCAGCAGAAUCGAUAAGAUUUACAACCUUAACAUUUAUCAGCACAAACCCAGAACAACUGUGAGGCCCAGAAUCUUUUACCACAUAUGCAGCCGAGGUUUUCAGGAAUUGGAGUCAUGCAUAUUUUCAGCUCACAUUUAUCUUCACAGAAUCUUUUUGGAUAUGAACAAAGACCGAUGGCCAAAACGGGACAAAGCUGAAUGCGUCUGCCUUUUGAGAAACUGUGCAAAAAAACUUUCCACUCAACUGCGGUUGUUAUUCUAAAGGGGGAUGCAUGUAUAAUCAGCUUUUUUUUUACAGUGUUGUCACCAUUUUUUUAAACAAAAUUUUGGAUUCUUUUUUUCUGAUUCUGGAAACGUGCUUAUUGUACCCGGAGAAGCCAUGAACCUGGGCAAGCUCGCCAGCCUGAAGGGCCUGGUUUCCCACUCCUCAGGAAAGCGUCGAUUUAAAGGUGACCUCACCCCAGAAAUGAUCAGCCCCCCGUUGGGCGACUUCCGCCACACCAUGCAUGUGGGCCGUGGAGGGGAUGUGUUCGGGGACACCUCGUUCCUCAGCAACCAUGGUGGAGCAGGAAAUAGCACAGACGGAGACUCUUGCACUUCAGAGAAGAAUGAGGGAUUCUUCUCCCGCACGCUUCGCCGUGUCCGCAGGACCCCCGAAAGGCCCCGCGGCAGCUCCAAGGACCUUUCACCCCCACCACCACCCAUUUCUCCAAUCAUAAAGAAUGCCAUUUCCCUCCCCCGGCUGGACGUGGACUCACCCAACGGCUGUCCUGUGAAAGUGCUUUUCCCUAGUCCACCCAAAACACCAGAGACCUCCACAUACUUGUACGGUUUGGAGUCUGGCUUUGUAACCUUGCCGAGACUGUCCCGCACUGAGCGUCCAGCCCAGGGCAGUUCUCCAUCAGCCUGUCUGCCUGAAAUCCAAAGAGGCUCGCUCACAGACACGGGUAUCCCGUCCUUCCCCUGUUCAGACUCCAUCAGUCCUUCUGACUCCAUGAACUCCUUCACUCUUGACCUGGGCCCUUCCCUCAUGUCUGAAGUCUUUGCCCUGAUUGACAGCCCUGUGUGUGAGAAGACUGAUCCCAUCAGCGAAAAAACACAGUCUACCGAUGAUAACUCUGAGGUGGACUCGGACCCAACCACAUCUUUGGUGGACUCUCUCCUGAGAGAAGACUAUGACGGUAGGACACGGUUGUAUGGAGGAGAGUGGAAGCAUUCAGACUAUGUAAAUGGUGAGUCACCCAAAAAAUCCAUGCUGGGGGAUCAGAUGCACCCAGUCUCCAUUGAGGAUCACGGCAUGCAGCCGGAGAGUUUCCAGAGGGCUGCUGAUGUGCUGGCACGUCAUUAUGGGAGUGGAGGACUCAGGAAUACAAACAACAACAACUCUCAUAGGAGAGGACCAUACAGCUAUCCUGAUGAAGAGGAAGAAAUCAAAGUCUAACACUACGAGAUGCCUAACAUCCAAAUACAGCAGUUUUAAAGGGAUACUUUAAAAGUCAAAAAUGAACAUUCUGUCAUAACUGACUCGUGAACCAAAUCAAUUCAGUUUUUGAACGAAUCAUCCAGACUGGUUUUCUGUAUUUGAUAAACUGAUUCAUUUAAAAGAUUCAAUGUUCAGUACUUAAAAGAUUCAAUUCCAUGUUGUUGGGUUCCCAACAUUCUUCAAAAUAUUUUGAAAGAAAUGCUUGGAAGGUUUGGAAUGAGAUCAGGAUUUUUCUUUUUGGGUGGGGGGUGGGGGUACCUUUAAUAACAAUUAAAUAAUAAACUGUAAAUGUAACAAUAAUUAAAUUUGUUCUGUUCCUCACAGACAGCUAUGGUAGGACUCCAGGAAACUACUUGCAACCCAAAAGUGAACGGGAUUACUUUUGUUAAAGUUUUGGUGCUUUUUUGUCAUUUUGGAGUGUACAGUUAUGUGGAAAAGAGCACCAUAUUCACCUAAGAUAUUCACCUAAAAUUUUGGUUCCUCAAAAGGAAGGUCUUACAAGUUCAUAAUGAUAUAUUUUUUUGGAUGCACUAUUCCUUACAAUUUGGGGGAAAAUGAAAGCGGAUUAUUUGUCAUUUACCCCUUUACGUACAUAAGAGUAAAACUAUACAUUUUCUAAUAUUGGACAAGAACAUACAUUUUGGCAUCUCAAAUGUUCACCUAUAUUUGAUCCUACCUUCUCAUUCCUAAAAUAUUAGAUUUGACCCAGGGAAAUAAAACCUGCCACAGUAGCUUUGUAAUGCACAAUAGACACCGCUAGCUAUACAGUGAUAACAUUAUACCAUUAAAAUACGCAAAAUUUGAGUUUACAGUAUUUAGAUUUCAAGUAAACCUCAAUCGUAUGUAAUGAACAGUGAUACCAUGUAGAAGUACAGACAUAUACCUGCUAGCUAUCUUGUAUCUAAUACAAGUGUAUCUAACACUUAGCAUUUUGCAUUCAUGUAGUUUUAAUAGCUCAUAUUCCCAUUGUGAACACUGUGUGGCAGUUGGAAAACAAGCAAUCUUUAAAAGAGAAGACGGAGACCCACUGGUCAAUGUGAUGCACAAAGCUGUGAUGUGCUUUAUGUUUUCACAUUAGCACAAACAAAACAGAUAAAACAACCAACCAUGACUUUCAUUUUUCUUUCAUUUAUUACAUGAUAAAUAUCUUAAGAGCAACACAGUAUAUAGUAACAUUAUAUGAUGCCCAACAACUUUUAUCAAUGUAUUAUGAAAUGAUGAUUAAAUAUCAAUAUGAA